AUGAACCUGGAUUCAUUGUCAUACACGUUGGCCCAGAUCAGUUAUCUCGUCAGCAAUUUGUCGAAGAAGAACUACAAGCCGAGCGUUCAAGAAAUAUUCGACGUAAUUCAAUUACAAGGAUUUGAAGCUGACCGACAUCUAUUACGUUGUCUGUUUUCUCACAUUGAUUUAAAAGACACCGAAGGACCAAGAAAUACAUCUCACAAGGAUUAUUAUCAAGCUCAAUUACUAGCACACCAGUGUACAACUCUCUUGAAUAAACCUUCACUAACUUCAAUAUUGUGUUUUGCCCUUGACAAUCCACUUUUUUCUCAAAAGGCACAAAAACCAUCAAUACAGCAAUUUACACAGCUUAGUAGAAUACUGCAUCUAAGUCCUGUUCAAGAAGUUGUGUUUGGGCUUGUUUGUUUAGAGUCGACAAAUUACUCUACUUACGCUUUACAAUUUGUUAAACAGAAGUUACCACUUCUUAUUAAAAACUAUAUCAAUUCAGAUAUUAAUUCUAAUCAAGUCGUUGGAGGCGGUCUGCACGAUUCUAGUCCAGAAGUUCUGCAUCUGAUUCUAAGCCACGUAUUUAAUGUUGACGAUCAAUUAUUUGGAAUAAGUAAAGAAGUAAAAAAAGUUUUAUUACUUAAUCUACGUCGUGAUUUUCCGCUUGAGGUUGCUCCAGUAUUAUUGGCACCAUUAAUAUAUUCUGAUAAACCAGACCACCCAAUGGAUAAAAUAAAUUCAGAUACAUCUACUAUUCCUAAAAUAAUGGAAAAUCCGUCAUUGCCUAAUUUAAUAAUGGAAAUGGGCUAUUCUGUUUGUUCAUCAUUGGACGAGUGCCGACGAAACUUGUUAUCCGUAACUAAUGGAUGUGUCCCAUCAGUAACUUUUGGUCCUGAAUCUGUUGCCAAAGUAAUAUCAAUGAUGAUACGUACACAUACAGGGCUAGAUUCUCAAUUACCUUUACCGUAUUGGACAGAAGAUGACGCUGACCAUGACAUAGACAAAAUGUCUUCUAAUUCCAUCACAUGGAAUAUUGAAGUGUUUGUUAACACAAUCAAAGAAUUGAACCCAUCUUUAUCUUGGAUGGACUUGAUAAAAGAACUUGAUCAUGAACAUUUUUUUGUCAAGGAUAGACAAGGUUUAGUCCUUCUGUUUUUGGCUUUAAGACUUGGUUUGAAUUCUCCAGGGUACCAUAUAGAGAAUUUUCCAAUAAAUAUGAUUUAUCGACGCUGGAAAAAUUCUGAUGCACAGAUGUCUUUAAUUCAACAUAUACUACGAAGUUCGGAUGUGUUUUGUUUUGCUGACUAUCCUUAUAGAUCAGUAUCUAUAGAUUCAUUAAAAACUAUUCCAGAUGCAGAUAACAAGGACAUCAAUACUUGGCGAUCAAUCGAACUUGUUGAUUUGUUGCUCUACUUGGCAGAACGAGGUCUUUAUUAUGAAGUACAAGAAUGUUUGAAGUUUCCUGCUCAAAAAUGUCCCGAUAUCUUAGCACUUGCCUUGAUAGAGUCUAAUGGUCCAUUGAAUAUUGUUAGACAUGAAAUAAUCAGUAGUCUGAUGCCUAUAUUUUUAGGAAAUCACAGUAAUUCUGCUAUAAUUUUACAUCACGCAUGGAAUCAUCAGAAUGUUGGGCUUAAACAUACUUUGGCACAGGCGAUGAGUGACUGGUAUAUGCGAAGUGAUUAUGAUAAUGUUAAACUAUCUCGGAUAUUAGAUAUCGCUCAAGAUUUAAAAGCAUUGUCGUUACUAUUGAGUGUUCAGCAAUUUCCAUUUAUUAUAGAUUUAGCCUGUUUAGCAUCUAGACGAGAAUAUUUGAAAUUAGAUAAAUGGCUGACUGAUAAAAUUCAUGAACAAGGUGAAGGAUUUGUAUCAGCUUGUGUUAAGUUUAUACAGAAACGCUAUCCUCAACUAUGUGGAUCAUCAGCUAAAGAAGAAAAUACAUCAAAAUAUACUCCUUUAUCGGCAGAAACUCUACUUAUAAUUUUAAAUUGCUUACGUAACAUUACCGGAACAGUUUCACAAGAACUAACAGAAACAAUUAUACAAAUGGUAUCUAAUUACACCAGUAUGUAUAUGCCCAAAGCACCUACCAUUCGUGUCAAUACUGCUGCUCCACCCACUCCUAUUUUUCGUCCUACACAUCAAAGAUCAAUUGGACAAAUAGAAGGCCCUGCACUUCAAGUUAUGGUUGAUCAGCUUACUGGACUUGCCACUAGUUUAGCCAGCCUUGGACUAAAUCCUGGUACUCAAAAUACUUCUACAUUUACAUUACCAGGAUCUUUGGGACAACUAGUUCAAACACCUGGGUCACCUUCACGAAGUAUUGUUGGUAAUGUAUCUGGACUUGGAGGUUUUUCCAUUAUGACACCUUCAUCUAUAAAUGCUCCGGGUCCAAAUAUAUCAAGUCAAUUAUCUGGUUCAUCUAAUAUGUUAGGUCGUUUACCACCACAACAAGUUUUGCCAUCAGUAAUUGGCAAAUCCAACCAUACAAUUGAUAACAGCUUAUUUAUGGAUGGUAAUACCCCAGUCUCUGUUCCUAAAGAUAUUGAGGAUGAAGCAAAUAGUUAUUUUCAGCGUAUUUACAACUUGGCUCCUCAUAACUCUUUAUCUAUAGAUGAAGUACUUGAAACUCUUAAAAGAUUCCAAGAAUCACCUGUUAAACGAGAAAGGGAAGUAUUUUGUUGCAUGCUUCGAAAUUUAUUUGAGGAGUAUAGAUUUUUUCCAGCGUAUCCUGAAAAGGAGCUUAUAACAACAGCUCAUCUAUUUGGUGGUAUUAUAGAGCACAGUCUUGUUUCAAAUUAUAAAGCUUUGGGACUUGCCCUCCGUUUCAUUUUGGAUGCACUUAAAAAGAGCCCAAAUUCAAAAAUGUAUAACUUUGGGAUAACUGCGUUGGAUCGUUUUAAAAAUCGUUUAAAAGAUUAUCAUCAAUAUUGUUCUCAUAUAACUGCUAUUCCUCACUUUCAUCAAUUUCCUCAACAUCUUAUUGAGUUUGUGGAGUAUGGAAAAAAUUCACAAGAACCACCUACCACAUCUCGAAUCCCAGAUUUGAUUGGAAUUAGUAACAAUACAAUUCCACCAUUUAUACCAAACUUACACAAUAUAUUUAAAGCUCAAAGUAUCACUACUACUACAACGACUACAUCUCCUAUGACAUCUACAUCAUCUAAACUUGUAACCACAAAUGCCCUAUUAACCUCUAGACCUUCAAUUGCAAACACUACAAACAUUGAUACCUUACUGGUUGCAACUGAGAAAGAUGAUAAAUUAAUUAUACCUCCGGAAAGUCUACAAGAUAAGAUAGCUUUCAUUUUUAAUAACUUAAGCCAAAUUAAUCUUCAAACUAAGUGCGACGAAAUUAGAGAAAUCAUCAACAAUGAUUAUUUGCAAUGGCUUUCUCAGUAUUUAGUUAUGAAGCGAGUCAGCAUUGAGUUUAACUUCCAUUCACUAUACUCCAAUUUUUUGGACUGUUUAAAUAAUGAAAAAUUAAACUUUUUGAUAAAUAUGGAAACUUUUAGAAAUAUCAGAAUAUUAUUAAAAAGUAACAAAGGAAUGGACAAUUUUUCAGACAGAUCGUUAUUAAAAAAUUUAGGUCACUGGCUUGGUAUGAUCACAUUGGCCAAAAAUAAACCAAUUGUACUUGAUGAUAUUAAUCUAAAAAUGUUACUGGUGGAAGCUUAUAAUAAAGGACAUCAGGAAUUACUUUUUACAGUUCCAUUUAUUGCUAAAGUCCUUGAGUCAUGCGCUAAAAGUAGAGUAUUUAAACCAAGAAAUCCAUGGACAAUGUCUGUUAUGAACUGUUUAGCUGAGCUCCAUCAAGAGCCUGAGUUAAAAUUAACCUUAAAAUUUGAAGUUGAAGUUUUAUGUAAAGCAUUAAACCUUGAUAUUCAAGACUUAAAACCAGGAUAUGUACUGAAAAAUCCCGAAAUAGCCAAAAAGUUAGUACAACAGCUUUCAGAUGAAGAAAGUUCAAAACCACAAAUUCAAUGUGUUAUAGAUCUGCCUAAAACAGUUUCAACUUCUCAGCAGCAUACACCUAUUUAUCAAACAAUUUCUUCUCAACAACAUAAUAAUAUGAUUCCAACAAUUUCUUCAAUGAAUUCCAAUACUCGGUUUAAUGAUGAACUUGUUGGUCAUGUUGUGUCAGCAGGUGGUAUUACAUCAUUAUCAUCAAAUGGUUGUAUUGGUAUAAGUGGUAUGACAGAAAUGUCUCCAACUUUACCUUCUUUUGAGCCUAAAUAUAACUAUGUGACAUUCAAUGCCGCUAAUUCAGCACAAAUAAUGUCUAUGAUUGUUAUAAAUUCUCAAAUUCCAUUGUUUGUUAGCCAACCAGCACUUAAGAAUUAUGUGCAAGCUGUCAUUGAACGUUCAAUUCAAGAUUGGCUAAAUCCUGUUGUGGAUAGAUCUGUAAAAGUUGCAGCCACCACAACAGAAAAUAUUGUCAAAAAAGAUUUUGGUAUGGACCCUGAUGAAUCUCAUUUACGAAAAGCAGCUCAUUGUAUGGUUAGAAAUUUGACUUCUGGUUUAGCAAUGAUAACCUGCCGAGAACAAGUUGUGCAAUUAUUAACAUCCAAUUUGAAACAACAUUUUCUUAGUGUCUUAAUGACACCAACCCCAAAUCAAAAAGAAAUGAUUGAUCAAGCUUGUACAAUGUGUGCAAAUGAUAAUUUAGAGUUAGCUUGUGCUUUUGUACAGAAAACUGCUACUGAAAAGGCUGUGAUUGAAAUUGAUAAAUAUUUGAAAACUGAAUUUGAAAGACGUAAUGUGUCAAGAAUGGAAGGACGUCGCUAUUGUGAUCCAAUGGUAAUGAGUGGCCAAGCUGAAUAUUUACCAGAUUCUCUUCGUAACAAAAUAGGAUUGCCAUUACCUCAAAUGAUUGGAAUAUAUGAAGAUUUUGCUAGGAACAUUCCUGGAUUCUUACCACUUGAUCGAGAAGCUGUAUCAUUAUUUAUGCCAAAAACUACAAUCCAACUUGAUGAAAUGACAGUUUUGUAUGAAAAAAUUAUAAAUGAAAUUGAAGUGCUUCUACAGAUGUAUAUGAACAAUCAAAGACUCAUGACCAAUACAACACAACCAGCAAAUCUUCAUAGUGUGUUAGAAGCCAUGACUUCUUUAAGAAGGUCCCGCGAUAUUGUUAAUGCAACAAAUAUUAUACACAAAAUUGUUGAAAGUUACCUAGAAGGACUUUGUCCACCUGCUAACCAAGAUUUGGAUAUGAGUAUUAGAUUCCGUGAUGUGCAUCUUAAUAUAAUUAGAGCUUUCCAAGAUCCACGGGCUUACAAUAUGCAAUGGACUAAUAAAAUACUAACCAAGGCGGUUGUGGAAUCUAGAGAAGAAAUACGUUUCAAUAUUGAAGCAAUUGAUGUAUUUAUUCGUGCCGGAAUGUUGAAUAUUGGCAUAUAUGAUAUGCAUUUAGCUAUGUCAAUGGAGAAUGGCAACAAUUAUGUAUCCAUAGUUUAUGUGAAACAAUUUUUACAGCACUAUUUAAUAGAUAACAGAUCUAAUUCGCCAAUAAAUGAGAGUCAUUUUCAAGCUACAAUUGAAGCCUUAAAUACUAUUGUGCUUACUGGACGUGCUAUUCCAGAUGGAUUGACAGUUCUUUUGGAAAUGAUUAGACCAUCACAGACGGAUAAUAGUCUUGUAAACCAAUUGGUAGGUAGUACAUCUACUAAUACAUCGCAUACCUUAUUACAAGGCAGAGACUAUGAUGAUCCACCAGGUUUAUUAGAAAAAACUGAAUUUUUACUGAAAGAAUGGUUGACAAUUUACAAUGCAGCUCCUAAUAGAGAUCCUAGCAAAACAUUUAGCGCUUAUAUUCAACAAAUGAAUGGUCAAGGAAUUUUGAAAUCUGAUGACAUAAUAACUCGUUUCUUCCGCCUCAGUACCCAAAUGAUGGUAGAAUUAUGUUAUAGACAAAUACCGGAUCAAACACAAUCUCCUUCUACUAUACGAGCUAAACUUUUUCAUACUAUCGAUGCUUACGUUAAGCUCAUAGUACUGUUAAUUAAACAUUCGGGUGAUACAAGUGCUGUUACUACCAAAACUAACCUUUUGAACAAGGUCCUAGGAAUUGUUGUGGGUGUCUUACUUCAAGAUCAUGAUGUUCAAGCAACUGAUUUCCAUCAAUUACCAUAUCAUAGAAUUUUGAUUACUCUAUUUCUUGACUUGAAUGCUCCUGAUCCGGUACUUGAAUCAAUCAACUACCCAAUACUUGCUGUUUUUUGCCAUACUUUUCAUCUUCUCCGACCAAGAAAAGUUCCAGGUUUCACAUAUGCAUGGCUGGAGCUUAUAUCUCAUCGUAUAUUUAUUGGUCGUCUUUUAGGAUUAAAUUCUCAACAAAAACGUUCUUAUGAGCAAACAUCAACCAACGAUCUUCAAGGCUGGAAUUUCUAUGCUCAACUAUUGGUUGACCUGUUUAAAUAUUUGGCACCAUUUUUACGCAAUGCUGAACUCGCCAAACCUGUUCAUUUGUUGUACAAAGGAACAUUGAGAGUACUUCUCAUUUUACUACAUGACUUUCCAGAAUUCUUGUGCGAGUAUCAUUAUGGUUUUUGUGAUGUAAUACCUCCUAAUUGUAUUCAAAUGAGAAACUUAAUAUUAUCGGCUUUUCCACGUAACAUGCGUCUUCCUGAUCCAUUUACACCAAAUUUGAAAGUUGAUGUUCUUCAAGAAAUAUCUGUGGCACCAAAAAUUAGUCCAGACUUCCAGAGUUUUAUUCAGCCUAUUAGUUUUAAAAAAGAUUUGGACUUGUAUUUGAAAACUCGAUCACCAGUGACAUUUUUAUCCGAAAUCCGGACAACUAUGCAACAAAGUUGCUGUGAACCAGGCAUGCGCUAUGAUCUGUCUCUUUUAAAUGCCAUUGUUUUGUAUGUUGGAACUCAAGCGAUACAGCAAAUACGCAGCAAAGGCUUAGUACCAAAUACUUCAACAAUUACUCAUUCCGCUCACAUGGAUAUAUUUCAAAAUUUAUCUGUUGAUCUUGAUACAGAAGGUCGUUACUUGUUUUUGAAUGCAAUUGCUAAUCAAUUGCGUUACCCAAAUAGCCAUACCCAUUAUUUUAGCUGUACUCUUUUAUACCUAUUUGCUGAGGCCAAUAGUGAAGUUAUUCAAGAACAAAUAACAAGAGUUCUUUUGGAGAGAUUAAUCGUAAACCGACCACAUCCUUGGGGUUUAUUAAUAACAUUCAUUGAAUUGAUUAAAAAUCCCGCUUACAAGUUUUGGACUCAUGAAUUUGUACAUUGUGCACCUGAAAUUGAGAAACUUUUUGAAUCUGUGGCCCGAUCAUGUAUGGUUCCCAAACAACCUACUACUGCAAUGGACGAUGACAAUUUACCAAACAUAUGA